GAGAUGCUGCCUUCCAGAUUAAAGAAACUGCUAGUUCCUGGUGCUUAAACAUCAAUCACUACAAGUUGUACACUUGGAGUUUCACAAUAUCCUUGUCAGACAGUAGUUACACAACUCAGGGAGGCAUGGAAGCUCUUCUCUCUUUUGCCAGCACAGUGUAAAGACCUGGAUCUGGUCUUGCGUUCUCUUCAAAAUAAUUACAUUUGUGUAAAUAUUAUUAAAAUACUGGACCACGUCAUUUGAUUAAUCUUGUGACCUGGAGGUGCCGAAAACGAUCCACGGGAACCUGCUCCCAAGGAAGUGGAUUGAUUUCUCGCUGGGUGUAAUAGAGAUUAAGGCAGUCUGGGGUUUUUUUUACAUAUCAAUGUAACUAUUGAUGCCAAACUACAUCCAAAGCAUAAGAAAGAAAAGGAUGAGAAUUUGGAUUUUAAAGGAUCAGGAAACAUGCAACACAUGGCAUUCAUCCCAACCUACGAGGAGUAUAGUAAAGAAGCGCUUUCAGUGGUGAGUGAAGAUCAGUCAUUGUUUGAGUGCACCUACGGAACGCCACAUCUUACUAAAACGGAGAUGACCGCAUCUUCCUCUAGUGACUAUGGGCAAACCUCGAAAAUGAGUCCACGUGUGCCUCAACAAGACUGGCUCUCACAGCCUCCAUCUAGGGUCACCAUCAAGAUGGAAUGUAACCCUAGUCAAAUCAAUGGAUCAAGGAGCUCCCCAGAUGACUGCAGUAUAGGAAAAGGAAGCAAAAUGGGCGGAGGGCCAGAUAAUGUUGGAAUGAAUUAUGGCAGCUACAUAGAAGAAAAACACAUUCCUCCCCCAAAUAUGACAACCAAUGAGAGGAGAGUGAUUGUCCCUGCUGACCCUACUUUGUGGAGCACAGAUCAUGUAAGGCAGUGGCUGGAAUGGGCAAUAAAAGAAUACGGCCUUCCAGAUGUCGAUGUGCUUCUAUUUCAAAAUAUCGACGGGAAGGAAUUAUGCAAGAUGACCAAAGAAGAUUUCCAUCGACUAACUCCAAGUUACAACGCUGAUAUCCUCCUCUCACAUCUUCACUACCUCAGAGAAAGAGGGGCAUCUUUUAUUUUCCCAAACACAUCCGCUUAUCAAGACGCAAGCCAAAGAAUCUCCAGCAGGCAAGAUUUAUCAUAUGAGCCCUCAAGGAGAUCUGCUUGGGCAAAUCAUCCUGCACCACCAUCAAAAGCAUUGCAACCAUCUACCACAGUUCCCAAAACAGAAGACCCCAGACCACAGCUAGAUCCUUAUCAGAUUCUUGGGCCAACAAGCAGCCGACUUGCAAAUCCAGGAAGUGGACAAAUUCAGCUCUGGCAAUUCUUACUGGAACUUCUUUCGGAUAGUUCCAACUCCAACUGCAUUACUUGGGAAGGAACCAAUGGAGAAUUUAAGAUGACCGAUCCUGAUGAAGUGGCAAGACGUUGGGGGGAGAGGAAAAGCAAACCCAACAUGAACUAUGACAAGCUCAGCCGUGCACUCCGUUACUACUACGAUAAAAAUAUUAUGACUAAAGUUCAUGGCAAGCGCUAUGCUUACAAAUUUGAUUUUCAUGGGAUCGCUCAAGCUCUUCAACCUCAUCCUCCAGAAUCAACUAUGUACAAGUAUCCCUCAGAACUUCCGUAUAUGAGCUCAUACCAUGCACAUCCACAGAAGAUGAACUUUGUUGCCCCCCAUCCACCAACUUUACCUGUGACAUCAUCAAGUUUCUUUGCAGCCCCUAAUGCAUACUGGAAUUCACCAACUGGAAGUAUUUAUCCAAAUACUCGGCUGCCAGCUAGCCAUAUGUCUUCUCAUCUUGGAACCUACUAUUAAAUCAAGUUAUGAAAGACUAUAACGUGGGUAACAGUCCCUAAUUUGUUGCAACUGACUCUGACUUGAGUUGACUUACAAGUGCCUUUUAUAAUAGUUACAGGACAAAGGGGACAGAACAGAAAAGAAAUGUUGUAGAGUAUAGGGCUGAAAAGGAUUUAUUACUAACGAAGUUCAGAUGCUAAAGAUGUAAUAUAGAAGGCAUCACAGCUUUGGACCAAUAUAUAUCAGACUUUAAACAGAAGUCUGCAAAGGAUUCUCCGAACAUGGAGUAAACUGAUUCUACAAUGUCAUACGCUCUUUCCUUAAUGACAGCAACUGAAAAAAAACUAUAUGUAUAAAUAUAUAUGCCAGACAGUUACCAAGAAAAUGCAGUUUUUACACUUCUGAUUUAAGAAAAAUGAAAUUAUCAGUAUUUAAAAGAAAAAAAAAGAAAAACAGAUGUAUAUAUAAAAGUUUAGUUGAAAAGCUAAUGUAAAUUGCACAUUAUCACAAUUGAAUUCAUGCUAAUUUUAAUCUUUUUUUUUUGUAACCACAAAGGAAAAAAAUGGAAACAUAUCAGAUAAUGUUGUUGUCAAACUGUGAAGAUUAUCCACUUUUUUUUUAAUAUUCAGCCGUAAGAAAAGUUUGAACUCUAUGGAAAGAAGAAUGUGCUAAAAGAGAAGUUUAGUCUAGGUGUGGACACCCAAAUGGAAAAAACAGAGAGAAAAGUAGUGGAGAAUGCGGGAUACGUUUCUAUAGAAGAUAUGAAGGACAGUUUUUGUGAUCUUACUUGGAAAUGUUUUUGACAGUAUUACUUGUGCCAUUACAGUUUUCCCGUGAGGCAGAACCAAAAUACAAAACCUGGAUAAAAAUUGAAAAGGGAAAUAGUAUAGGUUAGAUAAUUGUAUUAUAAAACUGGAAUUGUCUGAUAUUUAAAAGGAACACUCAGGAUCUCAUUUGUCAUUUGUACACCGCAUCCUACAUUUUCUUCUACGAGAAGCAUGGCUUUUCUGUUAAAAGUAGGGGGGGGUAUCAAAUUUAACAAUAUUUACAUAAGUAUCUGGUGUUCUUUUUUUAAACCAAGUUCUCACAUGCAUAUUUUAUAACUUCCAUUUACAAUUUUUUUUAAAAAAAAUAUGUUGCAUCGAACCUCUUAUAUAACAGUUGUUACAUUAGCAUAAUUUAAAAAAGAUGCGACACAAGGCAGCAGAUUUAAUAUCGCACUGAUGCUUUUUAACAGCAAUAAAAAUACCGUAAUAUAAAUUUAUAUAUGGGAUCCUAUAAAGACCUUUUCCAGUUUUGCUACCUAUGCUCUCAGGGCGGAAUUUGUGAUGUCUUUUUUUUAAA